AUGGACGGCUUUGGGCCAGACGAGGCGGGAGUUGGCGGAAUCGCGGAGGAAAAGUAUCGCGCCCUGGCGUACGACACCGCGCUCAGCACCCUGCUGGCCGUGGCCCUGUACGUGCUGGUCAAAGUCAGCCUGGACGGCUUCAGGCAGUGGCGGGCCAGGGUCUCGGUGCUCGUCGUGGGGUCGGGACCCGUGGGGCUGACCGCCGCGCUGGUCGCUGUCCGCUCCGGGAAGGUGCUGAAGCUGACCGUGCUGGACGAGAGGUACCGGACCGCCAUGCUGUGCCGGCCGCAGCAGAUCGCGCUGGACCCCCGGAGUGUGAAGUUUCUCCUGGGACUCGGGGUGGACUUCGAUAACAUGGAGGGCUGCUGGCACAACGAGCACUUCUUCACCAGGAUAGGCGUGUUCCAGGAGUACCUGCUCAGCAUCCUGGAGCAGAACAAACACAAGGUGGACGUCAAAGUCCAGCUGGGUACAAAGUUCACAGAGGAAUAUCUUCAGCGGAUUCCGCGCAGCAAGUGGCCACGUGUGAUUGUGGUGGCUGAUGGGUCAUGUGGUGACUCCUGCUCCGUGCUGGGAAUCAGCUCAGAUUAUACUGUGGAAUCCUGCCAUGCCUAUGGAGCUAACGCCACCAUAGAGAGAUUAGACCAAAGACAGGUGCCUACGCCUGAGAUCCGUGCUCACAGCCUCUACUUUGACCUGUCUGCUUAUGGAAUGGAAGCGCUCCGAGAGAACAGGAACACAACAGUCAAGCCUGGCUUCCACCUGAAGAUAUAUGGCACCUUCAGAAAUCGCUGCAUGGCCCUCGUCUGUCCCGCCUCUGACACCAAGACUGUUCGCUUCCUCAGGCAGACUCCAAACUCCUCGAUCAUGAAGAACAUUUUCCACCAAUCCUUCAAUGCCUACAAGACGGACAUAGAACCUCGCCUCAGUGAUGUGACUCUCCACCAGAUGCAGUGCAGCCGGCGUCUCUUUGAGAUCCAGCUGUCACACAGACGCAUCAGUGCAGCCUUUAUAGAGGGGGACAAUGUCGCGGUCAUUGUGGAGGGGGAGGCAGCACGUGUCCUCAAUUUUGACACGGGUUUUGGAGUUAAUCUUGGUAUGCGUGGCUUGGAGUCAGUAGGGGCCUUCAUUUACCAGACAGCUACUGCUGUAGACCAGAAUGAUAUUCUAGAAGCACUGUCAGCCAAGAUGCAGCACUCCAGACAGCUGGCAGAAACCUUCAAGCGGACCGGUCUUGCUGAGUCAAUGUAUGACUGA